AUGGACACAUACCACAAAGAACUAGUUCGAUCAUUGGACACAUUAACUGAACAGAUGAAAAAAAUGGAGGCGGAAAAUAAGCGCCUAAUGAAUCAAAUCCAUCAAAUGCAAGAAGAAAACAAGUUCCAAAUGGUCAAACUAGAAGAGAAAAUAACCGGCAAAGAUCAAGAAAUACAGAAACUAACUCAAAAGCUACUUGAGAUGAUAGACAAACAUGCGGAAAAGGAAAAGCUGAUUUCAAAAUCAAACAAAAAACCAACGCAAGCUGAAAAACAAACGCAGAAGAAAACGACGGUAGAAGAACCAACAAAUAUGCAUGAAAGGGGAAGACGUAAAACUUCUGCUAAUAGUCCAAAUAAAGAAAACUUGAUUGAAAUGGAAAACAACAAUGCUGAAUGGACAACCCAGCAGCACCAGAAGAAAAAACAAAACAAAAAAAACAAAAUAACAGAAAAAAACGUCACAGAAGAAGAACCGAAAAAUAUUAGCGCUGCUGAAAAGCAGACAUUAAUAAUACAAAAGAGAAAUGAAGAAGCACAAACAAGAAACAGAACAGAAGAACACACACCUACAGACAGAAGUACCAACAAAAGCUACGCACAAAUAGCAAAGACGACAGAUGAAUCUAAACCAAACAAUGAAACGGCAAAUCUCAUGGCAAUUGUAAAUGAACAGAUGAAAAACUUCAUGUUCAUGUUCGAGAGGAUGACCAAUGUAGUGAGUGCUAUGGGCAAUAUUGGUGUAAACAGAACUAACUAA